UGCAGAGUGAUGUUUGCCCUUCUUCGGUCUGAAAUGUGCAUCGCCGGCCGCCAUCAUCACGUUCUUCAACUGGUUCUCUCCUGCCGGAAGAUCACGGCGCAGGUAACUAAUGUUCGGACGGAAUCAAUCAUCGCGAUGGCAUCUUCUUCAGAGCAAGAAUUCGCCGUCACUUACCGAUUAAAGCUCAAUCGGUUUCCUCGCACGAGCAAUUUCUGGGACGCGAGAGUGGCUUCGCGAGUCGGAGAGAAGCUAGGUCUUCGUCUAAAAGAAAACGGUAUCUCCGAUGUCGAAAUCAACCUCGAGGAGGAGCUUUCACGGCCGAUUCAUUACCGGAAGAUGGUGAUUCCUCUCUUCGAUUCCGUCAAACGCAUUGGAAUUACCGUGUCCGGAGCAGAUAAGCUUGAGUUGGAGCUAUCAAGAUUUUGAUCCACACCGUUUGGAGUGGAAUUAAUCGUGUUUACUCAGAUCCCUCUCCUAGCGGCAACAUACAUCAGGGGAUGUCCACCGCCUCCCUGUGUUCGAGCCUGGCACAUUCCGCUGCGGGUUAAAUUGGUUUGUGUGUUAGCUUAACCGCGAAGAAUAGUCGCACUACGAAAAGGCUAAAAGGGAACCAAAGAGAUACGGUUUUGCGCUAUGUUAGCUCAUCACUAAGAAUCCACUGCCAUAGAUGGUCCAAUAUACUAAAUAAAUUGAGCAUGCCAUUACGAGUUGUUAGGAUCAAGAUGAGCAGUGGUUUUUGGACUUU